CCUACUCCUUCCAGUGACAACAGUCUGACCCACUGUAACACCAAACUCAAGGACAUCCCAGGCCAGCCCAUGUGCGUGUAUCGUACACCAGACAAGAAAACCCUAGUGGCUCUGACAGCGGACAAAGCGACGCAGCCAAGGGCUAAGGGCCCCCCAGAGAACACCAACCCUCGGGUCUGGGAGCUGUCCAGGGCUAACAGCAAAUUCGCCUUUGAGUUUUACAAACAACUGGCCAAAUCAAAGGCAGAUGGGGAGAACAUCUUCCUGUCACCCCUGAGCAUCUCCACAGCUUUUGCUAUGACAAAACUGGGAGCGUGUGGUGACACCCUGCAGCAGCUAAUGGAGGUCUUUAAGUUUGACACCAUCACGGAGAAGACAUCAGACCAAGUGCACUACUUCUUCGCGAAGCUCAACUGCCGGCUGUACCGGAAAGCCAACAAGUCUUCAGAGCUGGUUUCAGCCAACCGGCUCUUUGGUGAGAAGUCAUUAACGUACAACCAAACAUUCCAGAACAUCAGUGAGGCGGUGUACAGAGCCAAGCUCAUCCCUGUCAACUUCAAGGACAAACCAAAGUCAGCCAGAAAGAUCAUCAAUGCUUGGGUGGCCAACAAGACUGAGGGGCUUAUCAGAGAUGUCAUCCCUCCUGAUGCCAUAACACCCUACACCACCCUGGUUAUUGUUAACGCAAUCUAUUUUAAGGGACUGUGGAAGUCCAUGUUUGAGAAGGAGGUGACAGUGAAAAAGGACUUCGAGAAAGUGGACAGAAGCGUCUGCAAAGUCCCAAUGAUGCAGCAACAGGGCUCCUUUCGUUUUGGCAAGUUCUCCAAGGAUGGGGUGAAGGUGAUUGAGCUCCCGUACAAAGGGGAUGACGUCUCCAUGGUGCUGAUCCUCCCACUGGCAGAAGCUACCCUGACGGGUGUCGAGAAUCAGCUGACGCACGAGAAGAUCAUGGGGUGGCUGAAGCAACUGACCUCGACGGAUGUUGAACUCUCAUUGCCCCGGUUCCGAGUUGAGGACUCUUUCAGCCUCACCGACAAGCUGAAGCAGAUGGGCCUGAAUGAUCUCUUCAGCCAAGAGAAAGCCAAUUUGCCAGGGAUAAUUGAAGGAACCAACAAUAACAUUUACAUAUCUGAUGCAUUCCAUAAAGCUUUCUUGGAGGUGAAUGAGGAAGGUAGUGAAGCUGCUGGAGCAUCUACGGUGAUAGUGAUGGGACGGUCACUGCGGCCCAGUCUGGAGAUCUUCAAUGCUAAUCGGCCAUUCCUGCUGCUGAUCCGCGAAGUUGCUAUCAAUGCCAUCAUCUUCAUGGGGAGAAUAUCAAACCCGUGUUAA